CUAAACUAUUCUAGAUAAAUACUAAAUAUUAAAAAAAUAUGUAUAAAACUUAAGUAAUUUAUGUAUUUCCUAUUAAAUAAUAAGAUUUAAUGAUUUCAUUUCAUAUAAAUGUUUCAUAAUUUUUCACUUAAUCCUAAUCAUUAUUAUUUAUUACAAAAUAGGAGAAAAUAUUUAUAUAUAUUCAGUUUUGUUAAAAUAUAAGAAAUUAAAUUAGUUACAAUUUAUAAAAUGGUUACAUUACAAGAUAUUAGUAUACAACUUAUGAAACCAGCCAAGGAUCUUGCUGAUUGGAAAUUUCCAUUAUCUCAGAUCUUGGAGGAAUACUAUGCUUUAUUAGAAGAACCAUGUAACAUUAACUUUGGAGAAGCAGCACUUGUUCUUCAAAAUUCAACUAAUGUAUAUGUACGAAGAAUUGAACGUUUACUUAAUGAGACAGAAGUUUUAAAACAAACAUUUUUUAACUAUGAAGAAGAAGAAAUAAAAAAAUCUAUGUGUAAAGAGAAAAAAAUUUUAAAAAAAGCUUACAUUGAUUUUAAAAAUUUUAUAAUUAUUGAUUUAGAAAAAGAUAUUGGAAAACAUAUUAACAAGAAACAUCAUUUUCAAGAAAAAAAAAUUAAAUUAUUAAGUCAUCGAUUUACACAAUUAGAAAAUGGUGUAACUCAAUUAUGUAUUCCUAUUCAAGUAUAUGAUGUUUUAGGAGAAGUUAUUGGAAAAAAAUAUGAUUUUCGAUGUAAUCAAUCUAUAAAUACAAAUGGAAUGUUAGUGGAUGAAUUAACACCAUAUGAUUUUACUUGUAUACUUGAUUCUUAUAAAGAAAAAAAUUUAUUGUUAUCAUAUUCAGAACCAAAAAUUUCUGAUAUUAGAACUUCAGAAUAUACAACAAGUACUUCAUUAAAUGAUAAUGGAUCUAUUCAUAAUGAAUUUGAAGAUGAACAAAAUUCUUCAUCAAUGGAAAAUGAUUUAUCAAUAAAUGAAUUACAAAUAAGCGAAGAAAAUGUGAUAAAUAAUAAUUGUGAAAGUUCAUUUACUAAUAGUAAUUUAAAACAAACUAUUACUAAAAAAAAUGAAUCAAAGAAACAAGAUAUUGAACAAACUAUAAUACAAGAUCAUAGUGAUAAAAAGACUUCAAUUCACAAUUUCAAAGAAAUGAAUCAAAUUAAAAAACAAUCCCAAACUGAAGAUUCUGUACAAGUGAAUCAAAUAAAAAAGGAUAAUCAAAAUAAUGUUAAACAUAUACAACUUGAAAGUAAUGAUCAAAUAAAAUAUAAUAAAGAAAUAAAUAUUUUUAAAGAGGAUGAAAUUUUCGAAUUAAAUGAUUUGGAUAAUGUAAGAUGGAAAGAAGAAUUACCUAAUACAUGGAAAAGAGGGAAUCAAACAACAAAAAUGUCUAUAUGUUCUGUAGAUGAUAUAAAUGAAUGUGAUUGGAAGCCAAUGCCACUUAUUCAAGGAAUAAAACAUGUUUUUUGUGAUAAUUCACCUAUUUUAAAACUUCCAGAUUAUAUUUCAUUCUUAGAAACAAAAUUUGGUUCUAAAAAACGUAAAUUUACAUCAAAAUUAUGCGAACGCGAAUGUUUAACAAAAUUGGUUUUGCGUGAAACAAAAUUACUUACAAAGAAAAAUACUACUUUACAAAUGAAACAGAAAUUUAAACAUUUACAAAAACAGGAAAUAGAAGAUUUUAUGAAAAAUUUUGAUGAAUGUUUAAAUGGUACAGAAAGAGAAAAUAUUAAUUUUCGAUAUGAAGCUGUAACAAAUGCUACUGAUUUAUUGGAUUUUCGUAUGUCCCAAAAUCAAAAUAAUUCAAUUGAAAAUAAUACAGAAAAUAUGACAAGUAGAAGUUCUACACCUACAGAUAAUGUAUUACAUUCAAUAAUUUAUCAAAAUUCACUUGAUACUUCUAUAAAAUCUCCUGAUUCAAGUAAUAAUUGGUGUGAAACUUCAAUAUCGGACAUUAAUUUGUCCUAUUCUUUACCAGAUUAUCAAACAUUAAUUGAGCAUAAAAUGAAAGAAAUUUUUGAAGAAUCUAAUGUUACAACAGAAUUAGAUCAAACUGUAGCAAAAUGGCAUGCCUCUUUACAACCAAAAUUAUCAGAAGUUGAAACAAGACCUACAUUUCGAAUUCAUGAUUAUUCAUCACGUAUAAUAGAAGAAUUACAAACAUUAGAACAAAAAACAGUUAAUUUUGAUACUAUUGUUCAAGACAAACCUGCUUAUGAAGUAGCUAGAUAUUUCUUAGCUUCAUUACAAUUGGCAAAUACUUACAAUGUGGAAAUAAAAACAAAAAGCAAACAUAUAAUUAUGGAAAAGAAAACUUCUAUGAAAUCUACUCAUUGGAUAUUGCAACCAUGGAGUCUUCUGUUUCUUAUUUUAAUUCAAUUUUUAGUACAAUUUUUAACAUCUAUCUAUCUUUAUACUUAUGUGGCUCAUGUGGAAACAAAUGUUCUUAUUAUGCAAAAACAAGACUUUUUAGAAAGUGAAAAAUUGAUACGAAGAAAACGAAGUAGUGCAUUACCUGUGACAGAAGAUAAUAAAGUUUCAGAUACAUCCAGAAUUUGGCAAGAAAAAGAUACAUUAAAAGAAUCUAAAAAAGUAACUUCAUCUCCCAUAGCAAAGUCAGCAUCUUCUCCAAUUACUCCUGUCGGACAUGAUUGGGUAUGGUUAAAUGCAGAUACUCGUGUACAGCUUGAUGCAAUUGAAAAUUUUUGUCGAUCAUCAAUGAAAUACUGUCCACCAGGAUUACCAGGAGCACCAGGAAGUCCAGGUGCUCCUGGAGAACCAGGUAUUUCUGGAUUACAAGGUCCAAAAGGAUCACCUGGUUUGACUGGUCCUUCUGGUCCUCGUGGAUCAAAAGGUGAUAUAGGACCUUCUGGCUUUGAUGGAAGAGAUGGAAUCCCGGGAGAACCUGGUCUUGAUGGAAUUCCUGGACGUAGUGGUUUAGAUGGAUUACCUGGAAUAAAUGGUAAACCAGGAUUAAAUGGAUCUCCUGGUCGGCCUGGACGUAAUGGUACAGAUGGAAGGCCAGGUCAAAUGGGACCACAAGGACCACCUGGACCGCGUGGAGAAAUGGGUCCUCCUGGUAGACCAGGCUUACCAGGACAAGAUGGCAAACCAGGGAUAACAGCCUGGAAGGUGAACAUGAAUAAUUAUAAUACAGAUGAUUUAUUAAUUCCUCCUUCUAUAUUGGAUGAUCGAAUGUUACCUGUAACAUUAAAUUCUACUGGAUUAAUUUCUGUUUAUGAAGGGACAAAUUUGCGAUUAAAAUGUGCAGCAAGUGGUAAACCUGAACCUGUUGUUCAAUGGUUUAGAAGUGAUGGUAUUGUCAUUCCUAUAGGAUCUUGGCAUGUGACUUCUAUAAUUGGACAUACAUUUAAUAUCAGCAUAGUUAAUCGAGAACAUAUGGGAGAGUAUACUUGUGUCGCUGAUAAUGGAGUUCCACCUAGAGCAUUUAAAAAAUUUAAACUUCAAGUUAAAUUUUCUCCUUUUAUUCGAAUACGUAAUCAAAUGAUUCAUGUACGUAGUCAAAGCAUUGCAGUUUUAGAAUGCGAAGUUGAGGCAUUUCCAGAACCAAUUACUUAUUGGGAACGUGAAGAUGGUCGUCGUCUUAAAAUGUCCGACAAAUACAGAUUUGAAAUUCAUGAUAGAAAAGACAUGUAUAAACUUAAAAUGCGUUUGAAGAUUACAAAGAUAACAUCAGCUGAUCAUGGUACCUAUUACUGUGUUGUUAAAAAUGAUGUUGAUACUACUAAAGGUUCUUUUAUAGUUAAUGAUGAUAUAAAAAAUAUGGAAAAAUCAAAAAUAGGAAAACAGCAAUAUAUUACAUAUGGAAAGCCAGCACCACAACAUGUUGAUUUAGAAGAACUUUGUGCACCACAUGAAACUUGUGCUGCUUGUCCUGUUUUAAGAUGUACUUUUACAGAUAUCGCUGAAUAUUUAAAUAUUCAACCACUAAAAAAUGUUACUUUUAGUGGACUUCCACCAAGAUUAGCAGAUGGUAUAAUAGAAGCAGUAGGAAAACCAGUUUUAAAAGGUACUAUGGAUGAUCAUUAUGGAAGUUGGAUGCAUGACACAUCUAAAUCUGAUAUUUAUCCAGAAAAACUUUGGGUUACUCGAAAAAAUGAAACUUCUUUUAUUUUUGAAUAUAAAUCAAAAGAUCAUUUUAAAAAUGCCAGUUCAUAUUCUAUUGCAUUACCAUAUCCAUUUCAAGGAAAUGGACAUGUAGUAUAUAAUAGAUCUUUUUUUUAUAAUCCUAUAAAUCGAUCUUCAAUUUUUCGUUUUAAUCUUCAUUCUAUUUCUGAUCAAGUAUGUGAUAAAGAAUUUUCACGAUGUGAAUUACAUCUUCCAGGAUUAUUAGUAAAUACAAAAAAUUAUUUAUAUACACCGAAUCAUAAUUUUAAUUAUGUUGAUUUCAAUGUAGAUGAAAAUGGAUUAUGGGUAAUAUAUGGAUUACCAUCAAAUAAUACAGUAGUCAUAAAAAUGGAUGCAACUAACAUGAAUAUUCAACAUGCAUGGAAUAUUAGUAUAGAUAAUCAUAAAUUUGGAGAAAUGUUUAUUGCUGGAGGAGUGCUUUAUGCUGUCCAUAGUGUUACAGAAGAAACAAUGAAAAUAAGGUUGGCUUUUGAUCUAUAUAAAAAUAUUACAAUACCUGUUCAUUUAUCAUUCACAAAUCCUUAUCAUAAAACUACAGCAGUCAGUUAUAACUAUAAGACAAAAGAACUUUAUACUUGGAAUAAAGGAAAUCAAUUAGCCUAUCCUAUAAAAUAUCAGGGUUUCACAAAUGCUACAAUAAAAGAAGAUAUGAGGGGUACAGAAAUUGGAAUUUAAAAUUAAUAUUAAAAUGACAUUGAAAAAUAAUGAAAUGUAUGUUUUAUCCUUUAAUUUUUUAUUAAUGUACUAAUAUAAAAAAGACAAUAAAAAUGCAAUUGUUCUUUC